CAGGCUGUCGACGUUCCGCCGUGGAAAUGGCCUCGUCUGCUCGUCAACCUACAGAUACCAGAUGAGCUGCUGGUGUUUCCUGGAGUCGGCCGAGCGAACGUAUAACCUCGUCUGAAACACUACCCGGGAGUAUUGGGGAGUUUUUUGCGGUACUCAGAGGAGUGACGAGACAGAAAAAUAAUGCCACAUUUCCUGUGGCCGGAGCCGUUGUCACUCGCACAGCUGAAGCGGCUGGAGGAGCAUAAAUACAGCGCCUCUGGUAGAUCCUUGUUUGAGCCGCCGUGUCAGAUCUACUGGAACUGGCUCGUCCAGCAGAUACCGACAUGGAUCGCACCAAACACACUGACUAUUGUUGGACUGGUGGUUAAUGUCCUCUCCACUUUGGUGCUUGUGUAUUAUUGUCCCACGGCAACGGAAGAGGCUCCAUCAUGGGCAUUCAUCCUGUCUGCUCUGGGCCUCUUCAUCUACCAAUCUCUGGAUGCUAUUGAUGGGAAACAGGCCAGGAGGACUAACAGCAGCUCAGCCCUUGGCGAGCUCUUCGACCACGGCUGUGAUGCAGUCUCUACCGUCUUUGUUGCUGUGGGAACGUGCAUUUCAUGUGGAAUAGGAAGAUACCCAAACUGGAUUUUCUUUUGUGGUUUCAUUGGGAUGUUUAUGUUCUUCUGCGCCCACUGGCAGACUUACGUGUCCGGGACACUCCGCUUUGGCCUGGUUGACGUCACCGAGGUGCAGGUUGCCAUCGUGAUCAUGUAUCUGAUGUCAGCUUUCGGAGGCGUGAGCCUUUGGCAGUACACGUUGCCCAUCAUUGGACUGCCGCUGUAUACGUUCCCCAUCCUGGGCAUCAUCGGGGGAGCCCUGUACUCCUGUUACAACUAUUUCUAUGUCAUUUUGAAUGGAGGUGUUGGCAAAAAUGGCUCCACUGUGGCUGACACCAGUGUGCUGACUCCCGGUUUGCACAUCGGCCUCAUCCUCACACUGGCUUUCAUCAUUUUCAAGAAGUCUUCUAGCCACCUGUUUGAGCAUCACCCCUGUUUAUACCUGCUCACCUUUGGCAUGGUGAUCGCCAAGAUUUCCAACAAGCUUGUGAUAGCACACAUGACCAAGAGUGAGUUAUACCUCCCAGACACAGCCUUUAUUGGGCCCGGACUCCUUUUCCUCAACCAGUACUUCAACAGCUUCAUUGAUGAACACAUAGUCCUCUGGAUUGCCAUGGUCCUCUCCUCUGUGGAUCUGAUACGCUACUGUACAGGCUUGUGCCUCCAGAUCGCCUCCCACCUGCGCAUCCAUGUCUUCAGCAUCACACCGCCAAGCCAGGCGCACCGCGACUGACGGCUUGCCCGGCGGGAGGAGGCGGGAGGAGACGCAGAUCUCUUCCCGCUCCUGAAAGCAGACCACGAGGUCGAGGAGAGACCCUCGACCCCGAGCCACUGCAGCCUCGACAAAGUAACCACUUCAGAUUAAAACUGCCUUCCCUACUAGAUGAAUAAUGAAACCACCUUGACACCAAAAUUAAAAAAAAAAAAA